GGGAGUUGGAAAAAUCUGUUUUCAGCAUUUGCUAGACAAGUGACAACCAAACUAAGACCAAACCAAACCACCUUUGACUAUUAUUCUAACAAACCCCAUUUCUUUAUCUAUCACUAUUAUUCUCUCAAUAUAUUUACAAAUCACUAGCAUUUCAUUUUCUUUUCCUGUAACCUGUCUUUGUUAUAAAGAACUACUGUUUAUUGACACUCUAACUAUCAAACUUGCCAGCUUCCUUGAUUCCCAUUACAUAUGCUUUAAAGUUGUGAUAGUUUGGAUCAUUUUAUACUGGUUUGUUUUGCACAAAGAUUUGUUCUUUGUAAAGAGAGAUGAGGAAUUGGAGAUGGGGUUUUCUUUUGCUUCUUCUUGAUCUUGUUUUCUUGUUUGGAAUUGAAGCCCAACGUACUGAGAGAAUCUCAGAUGCUGAGAAGACCAUUUAGAUCCAGAAUAUCUGUGGCUUGGAUCAACUGAUACACUGCUAGUGUGGUGAACGGGAAAGGAAUCAAUAUCAGUACUGGAGGUCUCACAUUUGUGCAUUGAUAAGACACGUUUACUAUUUCUGGAAGCUCAAUCUCAAGAAGACCAAUGACUACAACUUGGAGAAUCCGACAUGCACCCGUCAACAUUUUUAAAGAGUCCGAGCAACAUAGGACUACAUAAGCUAAAAAACUACAACUACAAGACAGGCCGGAAGCGACUCACUUCUAUUCUCACAACUAGAGCUCUAACAUCUAACUUAAAUAAACAGUUCGGUCUAAAUUCAAAUGAGUCUUGGUUAAGAUUGAUUAAAAAAACAAGCUCAAAAACUGGACCUUACCAUAGAAUUAAGCCAGCAGAAAUAGUGAGGUGUUCUCAUUCUCCAAAAAAAAAAAAAAAAAAAUAAGAAGAAGAAGAAAUAGUGAGGUGUUCUGCUUGAAAGUUCUUUGUUCAAUCUCUAAAUUAAUUUUAUAUUUAAAUCUCUGAGUUCUGAAGAGGCACAUUAAAGACACAAAGUUACCAGUUUCAAAAAAAGAGGCACAUUAAAGACACAAUGCAUAAGAUCUAUCUGUUAAUCUGGAGUUUAAAAAGAUGUAUUUUUCUUCCAGUGUCAAAUCUAAAGUGUAAAUCUUGCGUCUCAAGUGACCUUCACUUAAGGAACUCAAUAUCAUUUUUCAGUUUUCUUAUUGGACUUGAAUCAAAUUUAGAGUUUGAGUCAACUUCAUGCUUGUAGAUAAUUGAUUCGGUUCAAACCGAGACAUCUAGAUAUUCAGCUUAAUGAACCCAUUUGCAGUCCUUGGCAUCAGUUGGUCCUGAAUGGCCGAUUAGAAAUAGGUGAUCAUUCUUCAGUAAAGAGAGAGGAGGGAAUAAAUAGGUGAGCAUUCCCUCCUUUCAACCAUUUUCAAUAUUUCAAGGAAUUAUUACCUUCGAAUGGUAGCAUGUAGUACAACUGAAGAGAGUGAGGAAGAGUACCGAUUAGACAAUUUGUUUCAUGAGGCAUAGUAUCUGAUUGGUACAGGCGAUAUUAGUUUUCUACCAUAAGGUUUUAAAUCUGAAGUCCAGACAUUGAUCUGAGAUUUUGCCUCUAAAGAGGGUUUUUGUAGUAUGUAUCGCAUCUGAUAUGUAAGUUUCUGACAGCUAUUUGUGCUUUAGAUUUGAAGAGUUGGAAGAUUUAAAUUUGGUUCUAGCUAGGUUGAUGAGUCAGCUUCUCAAUGAGGUUUGGUGAGUAACUUGUUUUCGUAACGAUGUUGCUAUUAUAUUCGAGGAAACUUCCUUUUUAACAUCUAGGAAAAGUUUUAAGUGCUAUGCUUGCAGACACUUUUAGGGAAUUGCAACAGGACGAAGACAUUCAAUAACCAUUCAGCUUGGGAUUCUAAUGGUAGAACCAAAGAAGUAGUGCUGGUGAUGUCUUGGAAGAUGAUCCUGUUGGGAGGUUAAAAGUUUUUGUAUAUGAGCUUCCCAGCAAAUACAACAAGAAAAUUCUUCAGAAAGACCCACGAUGUCUCAGCCACAUGUUUGCUGCGGAGAUCUAUAUGCAUCGUUUCCUCUUAUCUAGCGCUGUCCGAACCCUUAAUCCUGAGGAAGCUGAUUGGUUCUACACCCCUGUUUACACCACUUGUGACCUGACACCGAAUGGCCUUCCUUUACCCUUCAAGUCACCACGAAUGAUGAGGAGUGCAAUACAACUUAUUGCUUCUAACUGGCCUUAUUGGAAUAGGACAGAGGGAGCUGAUCACUUCUUCAUUGUCCCACACGAUUUUGCUGCUUGUUUUCAUUAUCAAGAGGAAAAAGCUAUUGGGAGGGGUAUUCUUCCGUUGCUCCAGCGUGCAACUUUAGUUCAAACAUUUGGACAAAGAAAUCAUGUUUGUUUGAAGGAUGGUUCAAUUACAAUUCCUCCCUAUGCUCCUCCACAGAAAAUGCAAUCCCACUUCAUCCCUCCAGAUAUUCCGCGAUCCAUCUUUGUUUACUUCCGUGGCUUGUUCUAUGACGUAGGAAAUGAUCCAGAAGGUGGUUAUUAUGCGAGAGGUGCCCGGGCAGCAGUGUGGGAGAACUUUAAGGACAAUCCUCUCUUUGAUAUUUCUACGGAGCAUCCAACUACUUACUAUGAGGACAUGCAGCGAGCCAUCUUUUGCUUGUGCCCACUUGGGUGGGCUCCAUGGAGCCCGAGAUUGGUUGAAGCAGUUAUAUUUGGAUGCAUCCCUGUUAUCAUUGCAGAUGAUAUUGUCUUACCAUUUGCUGAUGCAAUUCCCUGGGAAGAGAUUGGUGUUUUUGUAGCCGAGAAGGACGUUCCAAAUUUGGAUACUAUUCUCACUUCUAUUCCACCAGAGGAAAUAUUAAGGAAGCAGAGAUUGCUUGCCAACCCUUCAAUGAAGCAGGCUAUGUUGUUUCCACAACCUGCUCAACCAGGCGACGCUUUCCAUCAAAUUUUGAAUGGACUUGCUCGUAAACUGCCACACGACAGGAGCGUUUACUUGAGGCCCGGGGAGAAGGUCUUAAACUGGACUGCUGGUCCAGUUGGUGACCUAAAACCUUGGUAGAAGCUGGACCACUAAAUCUUGGCGUUCAACCUUAAUGCCGCAUCAAAGGUGUGGAAUUAAUGUGAAGUGUAAAUCUUAAGUAUGUAGUUUCUUCGAUGAAGUAUAGAAUCUUUUGUUGAUAACAACACCCAGAGGAAGCAACAUGUUACAAAAUCUUAAGCUGGAGGGGUUUUUUGUAGUUAUGGAAGACUACACAUUCAUUUUUGGAGCUGUAGGAUUUGUCGUACAAACAGCUGUGUUGGUUCCCUAGUGUACACUGUACUCAUGUGUGCCACUAAAAUUGUGUUAUAAACUCCUUCCAUUUUCUAUUACUUCCCCCAUUGAGCGUCGUUAUACCAAGCUAUAUUAAAACCUAUUUAAAAAAAAGGACAACCCAUGACGGUCACGGAUGUUAGAAAUUCAUUUCACUUUUUUUUACAUAAUUUUUUGUUAAUGAGUCACGAUUGAACUCAAGUCAAGAAUUUACGUCCAUUGUAAUACGAUGUUCAAAUAUAUGAGUUGCCUUAUCAAAUGAUUGUAUGAGUUGAUGUUCAAAUAUAUGA